AUGGUGCAAGGCCAACGCUUCUACCGUUCAGGAGAUUUGGCGAAGUGGAGCGGUCAAGAUAUUGUGUUCCGUGGACGUGGAGACCAGCUGGUGAAAGUCUUUGGCAAGUGGGUGGACCUCUCGGAUCUGAGCAGACGCCUCUCAAACUUGCCGGGAGUUCUGGAAGCUGCCACAAUCACGGGUGGCCCAGACGAACAUCACGCUGUUGCUGUGCUGGACAAGCGCUCGAAUCCAGAUUCCUUCGCAGCUGCUUACAGAAUCCUUCCAUCUGGAGGAGGAGUUCAGCUCCACUGGUUCUCCGAGCCACUGCCAAGAAAGGCUGAGACACAGAAGGUCGAUAGGGCUCGCCUGUUGUCUCAGCUGCGCGGAAUGGCGGGAAUGGCGUCGGCACCUGUAACACCUUUACCACGAAGGAAGGGGGACACGAGGCAAGAAGAUGCAUUACUAGCCAGCGUGGUCGAGGUUUUGGGCAACACGUCCUGCAGCUCGUUGCAAAGCUCCUUUCUCGCCUGCGGUGGCGACUCUGUGACAGCCUUACGAUGUGCUGCUGCAGCGCGGCAGCGCGGGCUGGAGAUUUCUGCCUUGGCACUGCUGAGCGCCAGAACCUUGGCAGAGGCUGCGCAAGCUGAGGAGUCGGAGCCCCUGCAAAAGAGACCUCGACUCGCACCUGAAUCCGGGUCUUUCACAAGAACGCAGCCCUUCGCUUUGACAGCUGAGGAACUUCAAGAAGAGAUCUCCUUCCAACUGGGCCUUCCUUCACGUGCUGUUGACUGUUCAUGGCCUUGCACGGCUUUCCAAGAGCUGCUGCUCAACGCACUGGAAGCUUCGGAAGCUGAUGCUGUGAGGGAGUCUCCUGGCACUCUCCAAAGCUGCGCGCUGCUGCGGCCUACUGUUUCUCUCCAAGGACUGCGGAAUGCUUGGCUGCUUGUGCAGCAGCGCUGUACUGCUUUGCGCUCGCGCUUCAUACGGGUGCGUGGUCGGCACUUUCAAGUUGCGCUGCGAACGAACUGGUCCAAGGAAGACUUGCGCGUGACCCAAAGCUCAUCAGGAAGCCUAAAGCGCCAACUGCGAGCGUUGAUGAAGGAGGACCUGAAGCAGCACUUCCACAGCACAGGACCCCUUUGCCGCCUGCAUUUGCUGCGGGCAAAGGCUGGAAGUUCCGACAAGUUGGCCCUGCUGUUGUCGAUUCACAACUCCGUUUCUGAUGGCUGGUCUACAAAUCUGUUGCUGCAGGACCUUCUGUCGCUAGCAGUUGGAAUUGCUGCGCCUUUGCAACGUCCUGGACAAGCACUGGACAACAUUCACUUGGAGGUUGACCGCCCUUCUUGGUGGCGCCGAACGCUUGAGGGGUUCAGGCCUACUGCUUUGCAGCGACAAGUGCACCUUCACUCCUUUAACCUCCGAAGGCUGGCAGUCCGGUGGGAAGCUUUGCGUCAACGUGCCAAGGCUUGGCAGUUGACACCUGCUGCAUUGGUGCUAGACGCUUGGUCUUUGGUUUGGUCGCGGGCGACGGGUAGCAAGGACUUUCUCCUUGGAGCAGUGCUUUCUGGACGGGAGGCAGUUCCAAGCGACUUGCUCGGCUGCACUGCUUCGUUGGUGCCACUGCGCUUGCGGGUCACAGACUCAUGGCAAAGUUUGCACUCCUUUUCCACGGAGGUUCAACGCUGCCUCAUAGCACAUGCGUCAAUGUGGCCAUGUCCAUCUCUGACAGAGAUUCGCAGCUGGUGCGGACUUCCUCCGGGGCCGAUGUUUGACUGCGCUUGGAUUUUCGACCACACGCCGCCUUUGCCACGACACCUUUGCAUGAGAACAGGAUUUGAACUUGUUUGUGAGCAUGAAGUACCAGCAGCUGGUCAGGAAGCAGACACCCCUGAGCUACGCGUGUCUAGGCACGACCAAGAGAUCACUGUCACCUUGAGGGGUGUCUUGCCACAGGGCCAAGAAGGAGAAGCACAGCUACUCUUGGAAGAGUUGGAUUCGAUGUUGGCUUUCCUUACGCGGCCAGAUGAGGACGUGCAGAACAGUGAGAAGUACACAGUCGCGGAGAUUCUGCUGGCGGUGCCACUUCUUCCGUCUCUUGGCCCAACACUUUCACAUCUUUCACCCAAACUCGGAGAGGAGCUGGCCGCUUUUUGGAGGAAAAGAUUGCUACACUAUGAGGCAACAGAACUUCCUCGUUCUUCUCAAGGCACUGCGGCAGCGUCUUGGAGAGCUAUGCCGCUGAUGUUGCCAUCUGGAUCCAAAGAGAUUGUGAUCGCAGCCACUGCGCGACUGUUGGGGCACAUGUCCGGGCAGGAAGAGGCUUCAGUCCUUGUACCACUUGGAAACCGUGAAGGCACAGAAGAUCCAAUCGGCUGGUUUCCCAUUCAAGUUUCCUGCAAAACGGUGUCAACGAGUGCUCAGGUGGCAGAUGAGCUGGAAGAGAUGGCAAGCCACACUUUGGUGCCGCGGUAUGCAGUGGAGAGGCUCUUGGGAAUCUUCCCUCCCUUGAGACCAUCCACAGCCAUCAUCGAGAUGAAGGGUCCCGUGUCCAAGAGUCCAGAGAGCAUGCAGCGGUGGGGUGAUAGAUGUUGUCAUUUGUGGCAAAGCUACUCCUCACAUCGAGAUCUUCAGAGCGUGGAGCUUGUAGUGGUGCUGGCCAGGAGCCACGGUUGUGGUUUAUUGCUCUUCUCUGGGGUGCGUGGCUUUGAUAUGCCCUUGGCAAAGAUCGUCGCAAGCCGCCUAUCCAACAAUGUCAGCAGCUAUAGCACGUCUGGAAAAACAUGUGCUGCGUUUGAUCUGGGUGUGGCCGCAUCUCCGCCCCUUCUUCGUGCAAACCUUCUAGAACUUCUGUUGCAAUCUGCCAAACGGACACCGCGGAGCACCGCCAUCGCGGAGAUGGAUGACAUGCUGAGCUACUCCGAGCUUUUCUCUUGCGCAGUUGUGACCGCUAGUGAGCUCCUUCGCAAAAGAAAGGAUCGAAGCUCCACUGCGGCAGUGCUUUCGGAGCGAUCAGCUGCAGCUGUGGUUGGACUGAUGGCUGCACUGUUUGCGGGUGCUGCAUAUUGCCCACUCAUCCCGUCGCAGCCACUGGAUCGACUAGUUUCGAUGAUUUCCAUCGCAUCUAUCACGGAAAUGCUUUUCCAAGAAUCGGCACAACAAGUUGCAGACCAUCUCCAACAGCACAGAGGGCUCUCAGCAGUUUGUAUUCGAUUGGACGCAUCAUCGAGGCUGAAGCUUUCCCUUCGGGAUGUGCAGACAUCUUAUGCCACUUCCGGAGAUGCUGCCAUGCACGUACUCUUCACUUCCGGAUCCACUGGUAAGCCGAAGGUCGUUCGUGCUUCUCACACUGCUGUCAUGACUCACUUGUUGCACGUUGUGCGACAUCAUCGGCUUCAAGCAACAGAUGUCGCUCUGCAACAUACCAGUCUUGCCUGGGUCGCUGCAGCUCCAGAGGUUUGGACACCUUUGCUGGCCAAUGCCCAGUUGGCAGUUGCUCCAUUGGCAGCCAAAGGAGGAGCAAGGGAUUUGGAAACUCUUGCUGCCUUUGCAAACCGUUGCACUUUGCAGCAAUAUGUACCCUCGGUUCUGCAGGCCAUGCUACUGGCAGACCUGCAUCCAGUAAGCAGCAUCUGCCACCAGCUAGUGCUCACAGGCGAGCCACUUCCCAUGGAACUCUGCCACCGUGUGCAAUCUUCGAGCUUGACCACUCUGCGGAAUCACUAUGGGCAGACUGAGGCAGCUGACACCACAACUGUCUAUCUGGUCGAACCUGGCCUUCGCGCAGCUUCAGUGCCGCUUGGGCGGCCAGCCACGCAGCGGCAGGUGUGGCUGGAGCACUGGCAUGGGAUGUGCGACAUUGCAGAGCUAGGUGAACUGCUGGUAGGUGGGCCUGGUUUGCAUUUGGACAAAGAAAUGGAGGGCUCUCAGCUUGGCGCCGGCGCAGUCUUGCACACUGGUGAUUUGGCUCGAUGGGUUCCAUUUGCUGGGUCAAUGCAGCUGGUUUGUUUGGGUCGCAAGGAUCGCCAGGUGAAGGUCAGGGGCCAUCGCCUUGAGUUGCUGGAGAUUGAAGCUGUGAUGAAGCAAGAGGCAGAAUCACGACUUUCGCGGCAGGUAGAAGCACUGGUGACCUUGUGUCCCAUCACGCGAAGACUGGUUGCAUAUGUUCGGCCGCCUUUGUCAGCACAGGAAACAGAAACACUGCUGAAAGCCUCUCAAGGGAAGCUGUUGGCGCAUGCAGUGCCUAGCAAAGUCAUUGGAGUGGAGGACUGGCCGCGCACGUCCACUGGCAAAGUGGAUCGGAAAGCGCUACCGCAACCACAGACAGCAUCGGUAUCACCGGCGACAUCAUCCACCAAGAUGCCGAUAGAUGCCUCUCAGUACUUGCAACGCUCACCAGUGGCGCCUCAUCGAAUCAGAGAAAAAGGUUUGCAGGUGCUGCGGGGCUUACUCUUCGGCUUGGUGACCAGCCGUGCUAAUGCUUGGCGAAUGCUACUGCUCCCACUGGUGUGGAAUGGUUGGCAGCAGCUCUUGGUUCCACGGCGCAAGGGAAGCCUCUUCGCCCAGGAUCUUGCAGUGCGACUGCCCUCUUUGAGCACAAGUGUGAUGCUGGCUCUCUUGCCCUGGAAUGUCCUGGUGGCUGCUGCAGCCCUGAGCGCUUGGCGCUUGGGCCGUCGAUGCUGUGGGACGUGGAUGAUGUGGUGGAUGGGCCUCAGCAGCCUGCAGCGACAAGUCAUCCAGGAUUUGGAGUGGUACAGUUGGUAUCUUCAUCCGACACGAAGCUUGGAGCUCGCGGCCAAAGCCUUCACGGGCUGCAAGGAUUUGUUUAGCCGUCUUCGUACUGGGUACCUACCUGCAAAGCGGCCUUGCGAAUGGGACUGGGACGCAGCAGCCCAACGUCCACGUCAGCGUCCACGUCUAGAUUAUGUUUGGGUGGACCACGAACCUACGGGCAUGAAAGAAAGCUCGAGUUCAGUCCAUUCGGUUUCAGAGGAUCUAUCGCAUGCUGAGCUCAGCCUCUUGGAGUACUUACGAGAAGAAGCCGGUGUUUGCCUGGAAGCAAAGAUGCCUCUUGCCACAGCCUUUGAUUCCUUGCGCCUGACUGCACUGGUGGGUGGUUUGCGUAAAUCCAUGGCACCUCAACUGACCUUGCGUGAUGCUCUUGCGUGUGACACUGUGGCAGACUUGCUGAAAGUCAUCAGCAGUCUGAGCAGACUGGUAGCAGAGAAGCAGCAUGAUGCUGAAGCAACACGAUCCGCAGAGCCACAUUUCUUCAAAGUCCGAGAGUGGCCAUACAUGUUUUCCCUCUCAGUCUGUUGGGCUUUGGAAUCGGAACAGGUGGAUGUUGCAAGAGUGCAAAGCGCACUGCAGAGUUUGCUCACAAAGCAUGGCGCACUUUGCGUAAAACUAGCAGAUCCUCCUGCCAUCUGGGAUGUGGCCAUGGAAGCUGCAGCCAACUUGUCGUUGGCACGAGCCCUGUUGAAUGCAGAAUUUGGAUGGCUGAAGCCACUUCAAAGCAGACAACAACGGGGUCGACAUCGCAGAAUCAGCAGUAUCAUGGAGUCCGUCAUGGACUUCAUAGGUUGGCUUUUGUGGACUGCAUGGCCUCGGUUGCAGCAUGAAAGAACUCCUGAAGUGAAUCUGGAUGUGGUUGAAUGUGAGGAUUCAGAACAGCUGGAAUUGCGAUCAACAUGGCUCUUGGAUGGCCGAAACGGACGUCAAUUUCUAGAAAAUCCUAUACAUGCCGUGCUGCUGACGGAUGCUGAAACUGGAAAGUGUCGUUUGCACAUAGCUGUGAGUCAUGGUCUGUCUGACGGAUUUUCAGGCUUGCCCCUGUUGCAAGACUUCAUACAGUUCUACAAUGGGCUAGCUACCACAUUCAAUGCGAACCAACCUGAUUCAGCACAGAAGAGAUUCUCAGGGCUUCUGUUGCAAGAAGCAAGGUUGAAGGGGGCCCUGAUGCUUGCAGCCAAUGACGUAGCUGAUACCGCAGAUAUAGCAAGCUGGGCGCUACCUUCUUCAUCCUCUGAAGGCUUUGAUCAUUUUAUUUGGUUACAGGAGGCCUCGGUAAAAACGCUGCAAUCCAUUGUCGAGCAACGGAUGUGGUGCUGCUCCCUGGAUGUGGCCGUUUUGGCAGCGCUUGGCAGUGCACUUGCUCGUCUUCAUUCCAAUGUUCCGCUGCGUUUGCGCUUUGUGGCCUCUGCCAGGGAUCAAGGUGAUGAAGGCUUUGUGGUGGCAGAUUUUGCUGAUUCCCGCGAUCUUGACCUUGUCUUCAAUCACGACGUGUCGGUAGAAGAUGCUGCGCGGUGCAUAGCAGAAUGUGUGCGGCACCGGCGUUGGAAAGCGCCAGAUCCCAGGACCAGCGGGGAUGAUCGCAUAUACAUCAAUGUACGUCCGUUAUUGGAGGUCAGAUCUCAGCCCAAGGAAGGUGAAGGUCAGAGAUCAUGGCAUCAAUGGCAUCAUAUCACUCAAUGGCCACCAGUUGAAGGUGAAAGGAAUUGGGAUCGGCGCAAUGUCCACCAUGCUCUAUGGAUAAUGGCUGACCAAGUAUCCUCGAUGGAAUGGGUGUUCUGUCUGAAGAUACGGAAUGAUCGGUCUGAUGACCAAUACUUGGGCCGUGUGCUCGAGCAAAUCAUUCGAGAUCUUGCACUGCAACCUGAAGUCCUCUUGUUGCCCAACCCUUCGCAUGCAGUGGCAACCAAGAAACGGUCCUCAGAAUUGCCAGAAGAGAUCCGGAAGCAGUGCAAAAAGUUGUGCCAGCUGACAACCUACACACAAUUACACACAUUAAUUCCCAUUAAAUCACCAUUGAAUCACCAUUAA